UGGUCCUGACGUUUGUCAACUGUGCCAGCGUGGAGUGGGCCACCCGUGUACAGGACGUGUUCACCUACGCCAAGCUCCUGGCCCUCGCCCUCAUCAUCGUCACCGGCAUCGUGCAGCUGGGCAGAGGCGAAGUCGAGUAUUUCAAGGAACCGUUUGCCAACACAGAGACGGACAUUGGUCAGAUAUCGCUGGCCUUCUACUCCGGACUCUUUGCUUACAAUGGAUGGAACCUGCCCAAGGCCAUCUGGAUCUCCAUCAUCCUGGUGACUGUGGUCUACGUGUUCACCAACAUCGCUUACUUCUCUACCGUCAGCCCGGAGGAGGUGCUCGGUGGUGCCGCUGUCGCUGUGAUGUUCUCCAAGCGUCUGUACGGAGUCAUGUGGUGGUGUAUGCCUGUCUUUGUCUCCCUCUCUACCUUUGGCGGCGUCAACGGAAUCCUCUUCACCACUUCCAGGUUGCCCUUAUCUGGCCCAUCAUCUACACCAUCGUCACCAUCUACCUGGUCAUCCUGCCCUUGUACGCCAGCCCCACUGAGACAGGUAUCGGUCUACUCAUCAUCUGCACGGGUAUCCCCGUCUACAUCAUAUUUGUGGCCUGGACGUCAAAGCCAAAGAUCUUUGACCGUUACAUGGACAACAUGACGACCUUCCUCCAGAAAGUGUUCAUGGUUGUGGCGGAGAACAAGAAGAAGGACUAAGGACACGGACGUCCUAGUAGUUUAAUAUAUAUGUGUCGCAUUGUGCUGAAAUCAGACGCUCGUCAAAAUAAUGAAACAGAAGAAACGGCCAUUUUUCUGUCUGCUAACAAUAAAUUAACACCAAAAUUUUAUUAAUUUUUUGGGUUCAGUACUUUUUACAUCCUUAAAAAACAUUUCUGUGAGUUUUUUAUGGAAAAAUGUUGAUAAAAGGCACAUAAAAUGCAUGCUUGAAGUUUCCAAGGAUACUCAAGCUUUGGAAGUCCCCAAACUUUGGCGGCCAUUUUUCUCGCUGAUUUUCCCUCUGAUAACCGGCGGCCCCUGACUUCCUUCCAUUGCAAAUAGCUCAACUUCCAUACAUGAUAGGUGGGGAUUUAUUUACUAGAAACAAGACAAAUGAACAACGUUUAAGAUGAUACCAAUAACUCCAUAUGCCUUGACAUUGAUGAGCGCCUGAUUCCACCAUGUUGUGACACAUAUUUUCUCUUUAUCUUGAAACAAGAAGUCAAAACAAGAGACAGAAAAAACUUUUAAAAAAACAAAAAAAAACGACCAGCAAGAGAGCUUCCAUUCAUCAUGUGACGAGUGUACUCGAGCGUGGUGUGAGUUAUGACCCCUGAAAUACUCCCACGGAGGGUGUAUGUUGUUAAGUUCUCUUGCUGUUUCCAUGCUCGCCCAAUGAAUUUCCACUCAUCAUUUUAUUUAGUUUGACUGUUUUGGGGUAUUUUAGAAAGAUACAUGUAUUUUAUAUACAUAUUUUUUUUUGUUGGUAUUUGUGUUGGUAAGAAAUGAAAGUUUCUCUUGUGACAUUUCAUUGCUCUGUGGCUUGAUCUCUAGUCUUUUGAUUUUUCUCCUUUCAAUUUGUGACUCGUGGUUUUGGAGAGCGGUCCUGUAGUCGAUGUUGUUCUUUUAGAUUGGUUCUCUUCUGAAGAAUUAGUCAAAGUGAACGACUCUUCGUGAACAACUUUUUCAGUGAAGCUGUUUCUUAGGAGAGUUAAGAACAUUUUCUGUCCCAGAUUUUAACUCAUCAAUAAGCCACACUUUGGUGUGGAGUUGUCCUGACUUUUAAUUAUUAUUAAAGAGCAUUUUCUCUCCCUCGGAGUUCUAAGACUAAAAGUGCCACUUCUCCGAAACCUUUUUAAAACCUAGAAACACCUGGCUAAUCCAAGUUUUCUUAGGUUUUUUAAAGUGUUUUUUUGGUAGAGUGUUUUAUUAACUCAGCCAGUCGUCAUAUGAGGGACCCCUCUGCGGUUGGUGAACACCUCCUUCCCAAUAGAAGAGAGAGAGAGAGAGAGCAGAGUUUGUCGCAAGUAAUGGGCGUGGCACAAAUGAAGUUUUAUUUUCUUGCCAGUAUAUUUUGCUGUUUUAUUAUUUGUGUCUGGUGUCCUAGUGGGACAGUUGCUGCUUGAGGUCUUUGCAUCUGUGUCUGUGCCAGUCUUGCAUGAGAGCUUACAGUUAGCCAGCUGGUAAAAUAUAUACAAAGCCCAACAUUCUGAAUGUAAAAAAAAUUAAAAAAUAAGUUUCUUAAUCGAAAAUAUUGGUUGCAUAAGCUCAAGAAAUAUUUCGUCAAAUUUCAAAUUUCAAAUGUUGAAAAAAAAGUCAAAGAAAGAUGUACAUCUAUAUAUAUAUAUACAGAAAGUAGGUAAAAUUGUGAAAAGAAUGAAAUAGUUUUAUCCUCUUUCCUGUAAAUUUUUGCUCUCUGGGCUCAGCACAUUUUACCAGCUGGCCAACUUCAUGCAUCCUGCUGAAAGCACAUCAUCGAAAUGAUUCUUAUUUUUCUUUUCUCGCUGCAGCAAUACUCUGUUGUUGUUUGUGACUCUCCUCCCCUUCCCUGCAGUGUGAAGAGGGAGUGCAGAUUAAGUUUUGAUGAAGGAGGCAUUAAGUAUGUUUUGAAUGUAAUAUUUGUGUAGUACAGUACUGUUAUUUUUAUGUGCAUAAUUUAUGUGAGAGUUGAGAUAUUCAUGACAUGAUCGGAGAAGCUGAUGUUACCACUUGACGUUGAUAUAAUGAAUUAUGGGAUAGUUAUUUGACACUUCAGUUGUUGUAGGCAUAAUUAUCUGGUAGUACUAUUUACCUGAGUUUUGUUUAAGCAAAUUUGAUGGAGGUGGGAAUUUCAUUUUUAACUUCAUGAAUCAUAAAGUACUGCAGAUUUUAUGCAUACAUGUUCUUCUAAUUUGCCGCUAAGCUGCAGUUGUUGAAGGAUGUAAAUGUUGUUCAAAAACUCCCUAAAAUUAUGCAGAGUGAUGACUAUAUGAUUUGCAGUGAUGGAGUAAUGGACUUGUUUUUCUUAUUAUAACGCUUAUUGUUUGUAUUAUUUGAGUGUUAGUGUGUAAAAUGUUUGUGGUCUGAGCGCGCUGUAGGAGGUAGGCUCCACAUUUUUCUCAUGUUGAAUAAAACAGAAGCGUGAAAGUUUC